GAAUCGUGAGAGAGAAAGAGAGAGAGAGAGAUAGAAAACAUACGGUGACCGUGCGCGCGAGAGGAAGUGGCGGUGGUGACGCUGGCGGUGGCGGCAGUGGAGGAGGAGGAGGCGGAGGAGGAGGCGACGGAGGAGGAAGAGGUGGUGCGAGCGUGGCGAGAAGGAAAAACACGUUUCGCGAGGCAACGUCUUGUCUCGCGUCAAGAGUUCCGGCUGAAGAUAUUCGUUGUCGGUGUCGUCGGCUGUGUUCGUUCCGCGCGCCGUACGGCGCAAACUUUGCGCCGCGCGGAACUCGUCCGAUGGACGACGGUGAGAAAGACGAGAAAACGAGUUUUUAAACAGAAACGCGAGUGCGGAGAGAGAAAGAGGAGAAUUUCGUUAUCGUCGUACGCGAACUCCAACGAACGAGCGGAGAGGACGUCAGCUGGUUUUGCGCCAAGAGCAAUCAUUCGUAAGUGGGAGCGAGACAGUGAGAAGCCGCACACGGCGAAAUGGGAGACGGAGAAAUGGCGCUGGUGCCAGGUGUUCAGUAUGGUUUGUCGUCGCACGACAAUUUUGACGAACACAAGUCUCUAAUAUUCGCGAAACUCACCGAUUCAUCGUAUCGUGCCAUCCAAGAAUACCUCAAGAAUCGGCAUAAGAUCAUCGAGAAACCUAAAAUACAGUUCCUACAAAAUGAAGGGAAACUCAGCAUUCCAUCCAUCCAUGGAUAUACCGGAUUCACCUUUAGUCUCUCCAGCAAUCAGGACAUGGAGGGUCCCCAGGGCGGCUUCGAGUGCGUCCGACAAACCGGCCCUAAAAAUCUGGAGAGCCUCGGCGCCAUACCGUACAAAAUGCGGAUACAGGCAAACGACGACGUUUACGAGACCACCAGGCACAGAAUGGCGGUCGCCGAGGAGAAUAACAAGAACAAAUGUACGAGGGUAAUCAAAGCGAACGGUCCAGACAUCGGACGCAAGGUGAAAGUGCAAAUACCCGGAAGGACAAUACCACUUCCGUCAUCGUAUGCAAAGCAUUGGGAAUCUACGACGAGCAUUCCAACUUCCGGCAGCAAUCAACACAGAACGUCAACCAACAAGCCGACCACUAGCAAUAGUAGUAGUAAUAGUAAUCAUGUAGCGGCGACUCGCAGUCCGGAGAAAAAAAUUUCCGAUAUUAUGCGCAGGCCACUUAAAGAAAGACUUAUUCACGUCCUUGCUUUGAGGCCCUACAAGAAACCCGAACUUUACGAUCGUAUCAACAAAGAGGGCUUAAGGGAGCGAGAACGACCCAUCAUGACGACGAUCCUGAAGCAAGUGGCUAAUAUGCGCGAUAACACGUAUCAUCUGCAGAGGCAUAUCUGGAACGAUGUGCAGGAGGAUUGGCCUUUCUAUACAGAGCAGGAGAGGACAAUGCUCAGGAGGCGGAAACCUCAGAACCUUACGCCACCCGGCUCGAGUGAUGGUUCCAGCGGCAGUGGUCAAUCGCCCAAUUCCAUCCAUGCGGGUUCACCGCCGACGAUCACAGCACCCCCGCCCAGCUUGCUGAACAAUAAGAGACCGGGAUACUACCAGGGUAGCGACGGAUUGCCGACCAAGAAACCACGAAUAUCACACUAUAAGAGACCCGAACCUAUCUCCUUCAUCCCCGCUGGCGAAAAGGUGUCUGGUAGCAGCAGUUAUAAUAAUAAUAACAGUGGUAUUAGUGCAACCGCCGGUGGUGAGCGUGCCAUUGGCGGUAAUAGUGGUUGUGGCAACAGCAAUAGUGCUGGUGGUGGUGGUGGUGGUGGUGGCGGUAGUACUAGUAAUAGUAGCAGCGGCAACGGCAGCGGCGGUCUCGAUGGUUUGGAAUCGAGGCAGCAACGUGAACGUAGCAGUCGCGCCGAUUAUCGAGUCGAAAGGACAGCGAAUAGUGAUGUGUUGCGAGGUGCUGGGAAUGGCUACGGCGCCAUCGCGGUUCCGAGCGGUUCCAGUCGGUCAUCAUACCUAAUGUCGUCACCUAGUGAUAGUGAAAGAAAUAGCCAUCAUCAGAGCGGCGGCCAUGGAUGCAACGGCAAUGUCGCGACGGUCACGAACGGAAAUGCCGGAAGCAACACGAACGGCAUAAGCGUCGAUAGAAAGGACAGAAGUGACAGGAGCGACAGGAGCGACAGGAGCGACAGGAGCGACAGGAGCGAUCGAAAUCGUGACGCGAGGGAAGAGAGAAAUAGGGAAAGGGAGUGUAGGAAUAGGAAUAGUGCCGUGAACGACGUGAGCGACGCGAUCUCGCUCGUUCGAAGCGAAACUUCCAGCAGCAAUGCUCACAUUUAUAACGAUAAUGCCAGUUCUACCGCAAUGACGAUUUCGUCGCUGACUGAUGAGCUAGAAAGGCCGGGGAGCCCAGGGGAAUACCCCGAUUACCUCACGUACUAUACGACAAUAAGCAACGCGAAACAGAAAAGACGUUAUAAAGAAGAAUUCUAUGCGAACUAUGAUGAAUAUUGCAGAUUGCACUCCGAAGUGGUCGUAAUCGCGAACCGCUUCAGGCAUUUGUACAAACAAUUUCUAGAGCAUAAGCAAUCGGGCAACCUGACCGAGUGCGAGGCAACUACGGAACAGAUACAGCGUGAAUAUAAGGAAAUUAAGCAAAACCGCGUAUACCAGCAGAUGAAGACACGGUUUCAUUAUCUGCACGAUAAGCUGAGCCACAUAAAACGAUUGAUCUUAGAGUACGAAACCGAAAACACUGUCGACACGGUGUCGAUUGUGACCAAUGUUGAUAGCGGUAUAGUUAGUACCACGACUGCGAGCACUAAUGUAAACAUCGGGGAUCUCGACAGUCGGCAUUACUGACACAAACUGAAAAGACCACCUCUUAUUCCCCGCCUCCUCCUCUCGGUUGUCGGUACGUUACUGUCAACAUUGUCGCAGAAUUUGCAUUUUGUCGGCAAGUUCCAAGGCUGAUCCUUCACGGUCCACAUGGUUCCUGGAUUUCAUCGCCGAAAAGUCAAGUGACUUGAGGUCGCAAGGUCUCGUGUAUGAUAUUCAUAACACAUCUUGC